AUGGCGCCUCAGGAGCUCGAGAGAUUUCUCUCCUCAUUGAAAGACUACUACAACACUGAUACUCUCUCCGAUGCUGUUGUUGUCUGCAAUGGCCAGGAGUUCAAGGUCCACAGGGUGAUCUUGUCCGCCCACUCGAAAUACUUCGCAACAGCGCUGAACGGCAACUGGAAGGAAAGCUCGGAAAAGAAGAUCGAAAUUAAAGAUUUCGACGCAAGCGUUGUGGAAGCGAUGCUUCGUUUCAUGUAUUCAUUUGACUACAGCAACAUCUACGGCACUUCCACUAUGGUAUAUGACGCUCAAGUCUACCAGAUUGCCGACAAGUACGACGUUCCGGCGCUUAAAGCAUGUUCUAAGGACAAGUUUGGCGUGGCCAUCACUACUGGUUGGAGCAUGGAUGACUUCCCACUUGCCAUCGCCGUGGUCUACGAGUCUACCCCUUCAGCAGAUAGGGGACUUCGCGACUUGGCCGUGGAGACCUCUCAAAAGAAUAUUGACAAGCUCUUGGGGCACGACGGUUUCUGUGAUCUUCUUAGGAAGACGCCUGACUUUGCCGCUGAUCUGAUUCCUUUUCUUUGUGGCAAGCCCUCGACGAACACACAACGCUAUGAAUGCCCUUCAUGCGACCACAAGUUUCGUGGUGAAUUCUCGGGGAUGGCUUACUACUGUCCAAGCUGCUCUACCAAGCGUUCAGAUUGGAGCCCUUACCGAAUCGAGGACUAA